AUGGACAAACAUCACCAGCAGCAACUGUCUUUGACUAAGUGUUCAAGGCAGAAAUACAGUGAAUGGAUUUUUCGGGAUGUUCCUAGCGAUAUCACUAUAGAAGUGAGCGGAGGGACAUUUGCAUUACACAAGUUCCCUCUUGUCUCUCGAAGCGGACGGAUCAGGAAGUUGGUUGCGGAACAUAGAGAUGCUGAUAUCUCGAGGGUGGAGCUUCUUAAUCUACCAGGAGGAGCAGAGGCGUUUGAGUUGGCCGCAAAAUUCUGUUAUGGCAUUAACUUUGAAAUUACAUCUUCAAAUGUUGCUCAGCUGUGUUGUGUUUCUGAAUACCUUGAAAUGACUGAAGAGUUCUCCAAAGACAAUCUUGGUUCUCGUGCAGAGGAGUAUCUUGAGAGCAUUGUUUGUAAGAAUCUUGAAAUGUGUGUUGAAGUUUUGCAGCAAUGCGAGAGCCUAAUCCCUCUUGCUGAUGAGCUGAAAAUAGUUAGCCGCUGCAUAGAUGCCAUUGCCUCAAAGGCUUGUGCUGAACAAAUUGCUUCGAGUUUUUCACGCUUGGAGUAUAGCAGCUCCGGGAGGCUUCACAUGAACAAGCAAGCAAAAAAGAAGGGGACUGGUGGAUAG